UCUGAGUUCCUGCUGGGGGGCAACAUCUUCGACCCGCUCAACCUCAACAGCCUCUUGGACGAGGAGGUCAACCAGGCGCUCAACGCCGAGACCCCCAAGUCGUCACCGCUGCCUGCCAAGGGCCGGGACCCAGUGGAGAUCCUCAUCCCCAAGGACAUCACCGACCCCCUGAGCCUCAACAACGCCCAGGAGGACCCCCCGGUGCUGGCCUCCCCCAUCAAAGCCGGGCGCAAGCGGCACCGCCACCGGGGGGCCCAGCGUGCCGUGGGGGGCUUGGAGGGGGGCGGCAAGCCCCCCCCCGCCACCACCGCCGCCUGCAAGUCGUGCCAGAAGGCCUGCAACGGGGCCACCCCACAGCCCUACGAACUCAACACUGCCAUCAACUGCAGGGACGAGGUGGUCUCUCCCCUGCUGCUGGAGAGCGGGGAACUGCCGCCGGCCCAGCAGGCCUCGAGGAGCAUCACCCCCUCAUGCCCGUCCACAGCCUCUUCAGUAAGUGCCGGGAGCCGCCACCACCAUCGCAAAAGGCGCAGGACUUGUAGCAAAUCGGAAGGGGCAGGGGCCCGGCAGCAGGGAGCCAGCCACCCCUCCGGUGAGCAGCCUAGCCGAAGCAGCCCAGAGCGGGGGCAAAGCAUGCCGCGGGUCCGUCACCCCCAGGCUUCCUCCAUGCAGCAGCCUCAGCCUCGCCGGGCGCUGCAACACAAGUUCCAGUACGGCAAUUACUGCAAGUACUACGGCUACCGCAACCCCAACUGCGAGGACUCUCGGCUGCGGGCAAUGAAGCCGGAGUGGUUCCGAGGCCGAGAGGUGCUGGAUGUUGGUUGCAACGUGGGCCACCUGACCUUGAGCGUGGCCAAGAAGUGGGGCCCUGCCAGAAUGGUGGGGAUGGACAUUGAUGGAGCCCUUAUCCAUUCGGCGCGCCAGAAUAUCCGGCACUACCUUUCUGAGGAGAUGCAGGAAGAGCAGCAGCGGCCCCAGGACAGUCGCAGUGAUGGGGAGGGGGGCACCCCAGCCAAGAAAACCUUUCCUGCUUCUCUCAUGGCCAGCCGAGGUCCGAUUGCUGCACCAAGGGUGCCCCAAGAAGGGGUUGAUGCAACCGUCUUUCCUAACAACGUGAUCUUUGUCAAGGGCAACUACGUCCUGGACCGGGAGGAGCUGCUGGAAGCCCAGAAGCCAGAGUACGACGUGAUCCUCUGUCUCAGCGUCACCAAGUGGGUGCAGCUCAACUGGGGCGACGAGGGCCUGAAGCGUCUCUUCAAGCGCUUCUACCGCCACCUUCGGCCAGGCGGGAUCCUCAUCCUGGAGCCCCAGGCCUGGUCCUCCUACAAGAAGAGGAAGAACCUGACGGAAACGAUAUGCAGGCAUUACCACCGGAUUAAGCUGAAACCUGACCAGUUUCCUUCGUACCUGACCUCCUCCGAAGUGGGUUUCUCCAGCUAUGAAUUGGUCGCCAUGCCCAGAAACACAUCGAAAGGAUUCCAGCGCCCCAUCUAUCUCUUCCGCAAGGCGCACCCUGGAGUGCACUGAGGAGCCCUGCUGUGUCUUGAGCGCCAGUCCCAGGCUGCCUCCUUCUCUUUUCUUGACCUGCCACGGUUGCUUCUGGGGGGGCAGGCAGCUGGGCUAGCCCCCACUGAUGAAUGUUGGAGUCUUCUGAAGGCAGAGGGAGAUCCAAACUGGCCUGCUGUGGAUUUUUAAGCCUGAUGGAGCUGCCUGGCCUGGCCCCAGAAGCAGCUUCCACGCCUCAGCCCAGCGGGGGAUGAAGCAGCACACCCAGGACUCUCUUCAGCACAACCUGAGCCCCUGAUGGGAUGGAGAAAAUAUGGCAUGAUGGGGGGGGAUGGGGGGCCAGGAAAAGGUGAAGCGGCUCUGUCCGGGAUCGGGUCCUCUAUUUGCGAGCAAAUGGGAAAGCGAGAAGAGCUCCCCUUCCCCAGAUGGCAAAAAGGGCCUAGCCAGUUGCUUGUGCCUCUGCCCUGCCAGAGCAGGCUCCUUUUCUUGCCCACCAUCUUGAAAUUUAAGCUGGGGCGCAACAGUGCUUAAGUUCCGCUAGAUCGGAGCAGGGUUGGGGGAUAAAACGGUGCCUCUUUCUUUCCCCCAUCCCUGGGAGUGCGAACAUGGCAAAACGGAUGCAGCUUUUGGGCCUCUGAUACUUCGCCUGGUUCCUAACUUGACUGAUAACCAUCUCUUCUCUGGAAGGGGUGCGCUUCAUUGAGCCUGUAGUGGGGGGGGGAGCAGGGGAGAGGCCUCUCCCUUGGAGAAAGAGACAGUGCUGACUGGAGAACUUCAAGCUAGCUUUGAGGGCUCAGCUGAUCUCUGUGAGGUCCCACAUAGCCCUCUGCCCAAUUAGGCUUCCUUUUGUGCGAUGGGAGAAACAACGUAAGACCCACCGCUUGCUGGCUGUGAUCUUAAAUGAAGAUGCCCCCUCCUUCCAGUCUGGAGCUGUCUGCCUUUUGGAGGGCCAAAAAGAGCCCCCCCCCCAACUGUAGUAGUAAGGUGAUCUUGUUUGAAAGGAGUUUUAUCUUUUUAAAAAAAGUUGAUUAUAUAUAUAAAUAAAGCCUACAGAUUAUUACCA